AUGAGUUCCAGUUUCGAUAGCGUACUCGACGUCGACUUCGAGGACACGCUCUUCGCCGACAAUUCAAACGGAGUUCAGUGCCAGCCGUCGGCCGUACAGGCGCUGUGUUUUGGCGUCAUAUCGCGUUCAUUCUCGGGCUUUAUUCUCAUUCCCGUUACAGUCAUUAAGACUCGCUAUGAGAGCGGAAUCUUUUCCUACAAGACUCUGAGACAAGCCCUGAGACACACGUAUGUGAGCGAAGGUCCGCGCGGUCUCAUCGCCGGACUAAUGCCAACACUUAUGAGAGACGCGCCCUUUUCGGGCCUCUAUUACAUGUUUUACUCGCAAUUGAGACAAAUGGCUCUCCGGUCGUCGUCUACUUCGCCCAGCAAUCAGUCUAUUUCGCCGAUUCUCACGUUUACAAUCGGCUUAAAUGCCGGACUCUUAGCGUCAAUUGUCACCCAACCUAUGGAUGUGGUGAAGACACGAAUGCAAUUAUAUCCGAAACAGUUCUCAUCGCUGGCCAUAACGUUAGCGAUCAUAAUGAAGGAGAAGGGACUGAAGGGCUAUUUUAGCGGACUAUUGCCGCGUAUGAUUCGGCGGACAUUAGUGGCCUCCAUGUCGUGGACAGUAUACGAAUUGUUGCGGUCAAAGGCAUAGAUAACCGCAAGCAAUCAUUCAUCACUUUAGGACAUCUAAUUAAUUAUAUUUAUUCAUACAAAUCGCCAAACUAUUGCAAUUAACUUCCACAUG